AUGCUGCUACGAGCCUUAUUGAAAGGAAAAGACAACUUGAGUGCCCUUCAAAAUACUGGGAACGUGACUCCUAUUGUAGCAAGAAGCAGUCUGACAUUGACAAAGAGGAAGAUAAAUCUAAAAAGUCCAAAAAAAGAAAAGGAUGAUCACUACAACGAGGUUCAUUACCUUACUGAGGAUGCCAGACAAAGCGCCUUGGAUGAUAUUGAUGCCCGCCGCAUCUCUCUUGGUCAGCUUGCUGGACAGCUUUCGGGUUUAAUUGGUGGGAGUGAGGAAGUUAAAAAGGCUAUUGUGAAUGGUUUGCACAGUAAUGUAACUCAGCUUGAAAAGCUUUUGAAAACAUCUUGCGGAGGGGAGGGUGUUGUAACUAUAAUGAUGUUAAAAAUAACCUUAAUGAUGUCAAUGAGAAGCUUAAAAAUCACCUUAAAGAGGAACAAAACCUCUGAAAAUCUUACUGUAAUCCUUUCUAAGUGCAAGUUAAAUGGUCUUGAUGGUCCCUUAAAAGAGCUUAAAGAUGCAAUUACUGAGAAAAUUGAGAAGCUUAAUAAAGAUAUUGAGAGCCUUAAAAAAGCAGAUAAAGAUGCUAAACAACGCAAUGAAACUCCUCAAAAUGCCUCUGAAAUUGUCAAGUUUAAUAAGGAUCUUCAGUCUCAUAAUGCUUCCAAGAGGUCUCUUGAGACACUGAAAGAGCUUUGUGGAUAUGCUGGGAAAAUUCAAAAAAAUCAUGAAAAUCCUAAAAAGCUUUUAGAGAGUCUUUGUACAGGCCUCGAAAAAUUUCUCGGCUACCAGGAUGGUAAUUACACCGGAGAGGGAAUUGUGUACUCGGACCUUGACAGGCUGUGUGACGGGGUGAUGGCGUUCUUGCACGGGGUGCUGGAGAGUGUUAAAAACGACAGUAAUGUAAUGCAUUAUCAUGAUUUUAGUAGUUGCAUUGAGACAGUUAAAAGCAAUAUGUAUCAGCGUGGUAGGUUUAAUGAUGCGAUUAAAGCUGUGGCAGUUGCGCUGCGGAAAUGGGAUGGAAAUCUCAGUGCGAAAACAAAAACUGUUACAGACAAUUUAGAUGCGCUAAGCACGAAUAUAGGAACUAAUAUUGAUAGUAUUAGUCAUGUUGAUACAUCUCCUGAUACAUUUGAUGGAUCUGUUAAGCAAUGGGUUAAGACAGUGAUGGGUUCCCUAGUGACUACGCUAUUGCAGGCCGAAGGAAGUAUAAGAGACCUUGAUGAAAUUAUGCAUAAGAAGCUUAAAAAUGAUUUUGAUCAUAUAAAGCUGCAGGUGUUUAAUCUGGAAUCCGCUGUGUAUCGCGAGCAAACGGAAAUGCAGGCGUUGAGUAAGAAUGUUAGAUUGACCCAUGACGAUCUUCGAGAGAUCUUGAAACUGAAGGUGAAGACAGAAAUUGAAAAGCUGAGGGAUCUGCUUGUUGCCAAUAUUGAUAAGUUUAGAGAGCGACUUGAGGAUAUUAAAAUUCAACUAGACGAACAAGUUGCUGCACUUGAGGAUUGCAUAGAAAAAAUGACAAAAGUAAUUGAGGAUGCGCUAUGGAAGACCGAAGAAGUUUUAAGACGUGUUCAGGAUAAUCAUAAAACUAACAUUGAAAAGAAAACGGAAAUUACCAAGCAAGCUGAAGAUUUAAAAAACAAAGCAGUUUCAUUACGGACUGCAACAAAUGAGGUUAAAAAGGCUGUUGAACAGCAGGUUACUCAGGCGCUUGAGAAGGUUCUAGUCUUGGACAGGGCGGUGAGGACCGGGUUGAAGGAAACUAAGGAGUGGAUUGAAAUUGCGGUGAAGAAUUAUGUUAAGACGCAGUUGCUGGGGGAUAUUAAAGGGAAGGUGGAGAAGAUUACCGGUACUAGCGGUGAUGGUCUUGAGGAUAUUGUUAGUGCACUGAAGGAGUGGGCCAGAGGGUUCGGUAAGGAUGAUAAGUUUGGGGAGAAGGUGCAGGAUUGGAUUGAUGAUAUUUUGAAAGCGGAACCGGCUAGUGGGCGGCUUGGAAGUUACGUUAGCAGUAGGAGUGUUAAGUUUCGGCCACCGUAUACAUCAAUUCAGAGUGGAGGCGACGAUGGGUUGCAUACAGCUAUCAAGAAGGUAAUGGUAGCAGAGAUUUUAAAGCAAGUACCUGAGACAUUCAAAAUUAUUAAUGCAAUUGAUAUGGAUAAGGAGAACAUGGAAGCAAAUUUAAUCAAUGUGAAAGCCGUUUGCCUCCAAUUCGCUAAAGAGCUUGGUGAGAAACUUAACAACGGUGGUCACCUUGACACCGUUGCUAGCACGAUAGCCAAUAAGGUUGAGGAGGAGUUGACGGGGGAUAAAGCAGCUUACCCUAAUCUAAAUCGUGCUGUCCGCUCAAUCCUCCACCAGCUGGUUGGUGCGGCAAGGAAAGCUGGUGCAGCAGUGGGUUCGUUCACCGGCGAUGACGACGGAUCCGGCAGCGACAUCACCAGUGUGAAUGCCGCGCUUACAGUAGCGCAGCUGCUUGAGAAAGAUCUCAAACAGGCGACUGCCGAUUCCGGCACGGGCGCCGUCGCACCCAUUCAUACCGACACCACCGGAGAGCAUAAGUACAAAUUCGACGCCAGGAUCCUCGGCAUACUGCAGGAGCAGAUCGGGACGGAUGCAACUGGUGGUGGUAGGAAUGGUCAAUUAGAAAAAGCUCAUGAAACUCAUUUCCUGUAUUACGGUGGACUAAUUAACCAGAAGAAUCCGAAGCUUAAAAUCCAAGACGCUGUGCUAACCGGCAAUGCAGGCGACGACGAAGGCACUUUCCCCCAGGCGAUCAAGCAAAUUGAAACAACGGGUCUGUCACAACUUACGUCCGGCAAUGGCAUCGAAGCGAUCCUGAACGAAAAAACAAGAACCUUCGAAUCGCCUUUUCAUAAUAUCCAAAAAGAGCUCACAGCGCUUACACAGUUUGUGACCAACGACGGAAAAACAGGCGUGAAGGAUUUUCUAACUGAACUAAAGACGGAAAAGAUUGCGAAGGAACUCCAAAAAAUCCAGUCGGGCAUCGACACCAUUCUCCUCAAACAAUUAACCCCUCUCAUAAAGGGCAUUCAGACUUUCACCGCUAAAACGCUUCCUUAUGCUGCUCAGGCCACGACAAAGACAAUAAACAACUUCGUCAAUGAUGAAGUAAAAAGGGCAACAGACGAUAUUAAAAAAGAUGCUUUGACUAGAUACAAAACCUCUAAGCAAGAUGAAUUAAGAGCUUUGAGAAUUGAAGUUGAGAGCCUGGUGAAGCAGAUUAAGAAGACUGUUGAAUUCGACCUGGCGAACGGCCUAAAAGGUUUCCUUAGGACCAUGAAGGAUAAUGUGAAUGAUCUAACGGAUGAUAGGAAUUUGAAAUCCAUGUCUAUCAGCACCAAUCUUGUUGUAACAAGACUAAGUAACUAUAUACAGACGCAAAUUAAAGAUACUCCGCAACAUGCUCAACUUGAAGAUAUCAAAAAAGCUUUUAAUACACCAUUUACACAGCUUUCGUAUGCCGAUUAUCCUCACUUCAACCACAAUUUUGUCAUGCUAGGUGAAAAACUUGAACAAAAAACAAAUGCCCUCUCCCCCUCCAACUUCCACGGCUUCCACAACCCGCUGCUCCUCGACGCCCUCAAGGCCGGCAUGACGCAAUUCACCGCGGAACUCUCCCACGCGUACGUGAAUAAAUACUCCGGGUGUAAGCCUGUAAAGAACUGGGACGAUGUAAAAUCCUCCGACAAGUUAUCCACCGAGGGCCGGAACUGCGCCAAGGUCUGCCUGACUAUACUGGAGAGGGUGUCUUAUGAUUUAGCUCAGUUGAGAAGUAGGUGUAAGGAUGGUGCCAAGGAAAAAUGGCACGAAAAGACAAUAUGUUUGAUUGAAAUGUCGAGCAAAAAGAAUGUUGUGAAUCCCCUUGGUGACUGGCUGAAGAAGCACGGCUUUACAGUGCCGAAGGAUAAGGACGCCCAAAACGGUGAGUUGAACAAGGACAAGAAGGGUAACGAAAUUUAUGAUCUACUUGUCAAAGAUGAUGAGAAACAUGUCUACAAGAAGGAUAACAGUAAGGAAGAUGAAGGCCCAAUAAGGGCACUCCGUCGCCACGUUGAGAGGUACUACAAGGUCUCUCACUACAUCAUCCCCCCGAAACCAAAGGCGCCGACUACUGUUAACCAGAUGCUGCAAUGGCUUACCGGUUUACAGUAUAAUCCAGUAUAUGCUCCACUUUGCAAUUACUUCAAGCAAUUGUUCCCCAAGCCCAAGGGAUAUGAGCGAGAUUAUAAGGAGAUACCCAGCGACCAACUGAAACUAGAAUAUCAUCAGUACGCGAGAAUUACACAUAAAGAGCUAACAGACACGCUUGAGACUCUAUGUCGUCAGUCCGAGAAAAUGCUAAUUACCUUCCUAGGCCAUGGCCAUGCCGACGGCAUCUACGCCGUUGAGUUCUCGAACAAUUCACUAAAUUUGUUGUAUCCCGGUAGCCCUGCUACCUGCUUAGAUAUGCUUGUAGAUGUGUUGAAUAGAGUGUAUUAUCAACUUAACUUCAUAUACAAGAUGUGUCAUAACGGCCGUAGUAGGGGCGGUUGGGAGGAAUGCCACUAUGGCAGGUACAUUGGUGGGUCACAUUGGAACUGCAAUGAGAAGCAGUGUCCCGACCAAGACUGUGACCAAACGUGUACCCAAAAGCACACCCCAAACUGUGACCAACGUGUAAGUUGUGGCCUCAAGUCGCCGUUACAGUCGUUCCUGGAAGACGGAUUGCAGGGUUUCCUCCCGCACCAGUUAAAGAAGCCUAGUUGUAAGCUGGAAUGCACUGUGCCCAAUCACCAAGGCAUUCCAUGUCUCACCCCAAUGGGCUUUGCUGAUAUUUCCCAAGUGGCGUCACAUACGCAAACCGGCAAGCACCUUUUUGGCGCACUGUAUUAUUUUUGCGGCACCACGUAUGCUCUCACUAAGCUGUGUAGUACGCUAAACUGUCUACUGCGAACGCCACCCAAAUCAUUAGGUGACAUGUUAGCUUUCUACCAUAAAUUCCUCGAGAAUUAUUCGAGACAAAAUCAUAAGCAAAUCGCAUUUGACGAGGCAGCCCGAAAGGCCAACUUCGGGAAUCCAGAUACUAAAUUGGACAUUGUGUCUAUACAAGGCAGCAAGUCGCACACUGCUAAACAUUCCCAAGGUGACUUAUUUGGUAUAAUUAGCUGCAACACUUCCGGGUCCUCCAAAAAUCCAGUCGUCCCCUGUGGAUCGUAUAUGCAGCCACUUACAUUAGAUGUAGUCUCCAUGUUUUCCGAAACGCGCGCUGCCAACUAUCUUUCGUGGAUUGUAUAUAUAACAGAGACAUUCUGUGUUCUGCUCAUGAAAUUGCUUGAUGAGUGCUGCAAUAACUGCAACAAACCAGGCACCAAAUGCCAUGAUAAAGCCUGUGCGGAGAAAUGUGAAGUGAAAUUGGCGUAUGAAGCUGAACAAUCGAAAAAUGCUCCAACAUCGCCCGCAGAACUUACAGGUAAAAGGCACAGUACAGACUGCCAUUCCAUUGUCAAAUGUCAACUUACACAUCCAACACUGUACAAAUACGGUUUCACAUUUGAAAGCCCAUAUGACCUCAGUGGUGAAUAUGGGCAACAAACGAGGCGCACAUGUAUAGAUCUGUGCCAUGCGCUAGAAAAAUUAACAUCCCUUUAUGUGUACUUUAUUAGCCCUCUGGUCCCUCUCUUUCCUCUACCUGCUGCACAUCGCCGUCGUCCGCCUCGACGUCCUGAGGAUACGCUCCCACUUAAAAUCACCUUCAAGCCACAGGAUCGCCGCGCAGUCGCUCCUCGCCGUUGCAAGGGUUGGGAAAAUUGCCAACGUCAAGUACUUCUCACCAUAAUCUUGCCUCCAUUCACCAUCUACAAGUCACCACCUAGCCCACCCAGCUCACCUAACUUGCAACUCAGUAGUCAAUGUAGCAACCACAUACAUGACUCGCAAGCUAAUACGUGA